AUGAGUCCCACGUCGCCUCGGCAGCCCGGCUUCGGCGCCGGCGGGCAGCGCCAGCAAGCCGCCGCCGCCGCCGCCACCACUCCGUUCAAGAUCCACAGGGACUCCCACCUCAUACACAAGGGCGCCGCGGCCGGCGCAUCCGCGUCCUCGCCGCCCUCCUCCUCGUCCACCAACUCCUCCGUCUCCUCCUCCCCCGGCGUCGGCCAGCAGCGGCCGGCGCCGAGGCCGAAGCAGCAGCAGCAGCAGAAGCAGCCUGUCAUCAUCUACACGCACUCCCCCAAGGUGAUCCGCACCAGCCCGCGCGACUUCAUGUCCAUCGUGCAGAAGCUCACCGGCCUUGAGAGCGCCGCCGCGUCAGCGGUCACCGGCGCCGCGCAGGACGAAUCGUCGUCGUCGUCGACGGAGAGCUGCGCCAAUGCCCACGCCAGUGCCGUGCCGCCGCCACCGCCUCCGCCCCAGUACAUGGAUCCACCUCAGCUAAUGCCGCCGCCGGCGCAGCUGGAUCACGCGCACUUCAUGCCGGACAUGCCGCUGUUCGCGCCCUCGGAGCAUCAGCAGCACAUGCUCUGCGCCUCCAGGGGCGGCCUCUACGGCCACUUCGCGCCCACGGUGGAAGCCGUGUCGCUCGGCGGCCCGGCGAACAUGCACGACGGCGCCGCCUCUGUGGGGUGUUCUCCCCGUCCAUGGUGGAGGCGAUGA